CCCGACUGCGCCUGCGCGGCGCCCGUGGCGGCCGGGGACGGGAAGUGGGCAGGGCCGGCGGGGCGCGGGGCGCCGAGUGCGGAGCUGCAGGUGAGGCCCGCGGGGGACGCGGAGAGCCAAGACUGACUGGAGGGGAGAUCCUCUGGCCCCAGGCCCUGGCUGCAAGCCCCGUAGCCCGGGAUGCUCUGGCCAUGGCCUCUGGAGCCCCGCAGAGAAGCAGUCCGCUGGCCUGCAGCACAGAGGAGAUCCCCGGCUUCCUGGACCAGCUCCUUCGUGACUUCCCCACCCCGUUGAGCCCCGAGAGCCCUUUGCCAUGGAAGGUCCCGGGGACGACGCUGAGCCAGGAGGAGGUGGAGGGUGAGCUGGCGGAGCUGGCGCUGAGCUUUCUAGUCAGCAGGAAUGCUCCACUGUCACUUGCUGCAUCCCUGACCCACGAGGCGCUUGCCCAGUUUCUUCAGACAGACCUUUCUGAAUUUCAGAAGUUGCCCAGAAAGCAAGAGGAAGAGGAGGAGGAGGAGGAGGAAGAAGAGCAGGAGAAGGCUCCUGUGACCUUGCUAGAUGCCAAAGGGCUGGCCCGAAGCUUCUUCAACACGCUCUGGGCAGUCUGCAGCCAGUGGCAGAAGCAGGUGCCACCAACUGCCCGGCUGCCACAGCGUCAAUGGCUGGUCUCCAUCCACGCCAUCCGUAAUACUCGCCGCAAGAUGGAGGACCGGCACGUGUCCCUUCCUGCCUUCAACCAGCUCUUUGGUUUAUCGAAUACUGUGGAGCGUGCCUACUUCGCCGUGUUUGAUGGACAUGGUGGCGUGGAUGCUGCGAGGUACGCUGCCGUCCACGUGCACGCCAAUGCUGCCCGCCGCCAGGAGCUGUCCACAGACCCAGCCAGAGCCUUGCGGGAAGCCUUCCGCUGCACCGAUGAGAUGUUUCUCUGGAAAGCUAAGCGAGAGCGGCUACAGAGCGGCUCCACAGGCGUGUGCGCACUCAUCGCGGGCACGACGCUGCAUGUGGCCUGGCUUGGGGACUCCCAGGUGCUCCUGGUGCAGCAAGGGCAAGUGGUGAAGCUGAUGGAGCCACAUAAGCCCGAGCGAGAGGACGAGAGGACACGCAUCGAAGCGCUGGGUGGCUUCGUGUCACACAUGGACUGCUGGAGAGUCAAUGGGACUCUGGCUGUCUCCAGAGCUAUCGGGGAUGUCUUCCAGAAGCCCUAUGUGUCUGGAGAGGCAGACGCAGCCUCCCGGGAGCUGACGGGCUCCGAGGACUACCUGGUGCUCGCCUGCGAUGGCUUCUUCGACGUCGUGCCCCACCAGGAAGUCGCUGGCCUCGUCCAGAGCCACUUGGUCAGGCAACAGGGCAGCGGGCUGCAUGUGGCCGAGGAGCUGGUAGCUGCUGCCCGGGAUCGGGGCUCCCAUGACAACAUCACGGUCAUGGUGGUCUUCCUCAGGGACCCCCUUAAGCUGCUGGAGGGUGUGGCCGCUCAGGCAGACGGAAGCCAGGACUCACCCGAGCCCAGCACACUACAGAGAAGCUAGGUGAUGUGUGCCCCCACCCCGCUGGCCCGCCACCCUCCCCGACCCUUGUGAUUGUCCCCCGCCCCCACCCCAGAGGCCUUAGGAACCCACAGGUGGCAUUGAACAGGAGCUGCCCGCCUGCAGUGUUCUUCCCACCCCCUGCACUUGGGAUUUUUGCUUCAGCCUGUGCUGGUGGCAGGCAGUUGGAGGCAGCCCAGGAAGCUGACCACCUCCGCGGGCCCAGCUCCCCCAGGUGGGACUAGAGGCCAUGCCUAGGCAGUUGGCAGCAGCCAGACCACAGGUGGGUGUGGCACUGGAACCCUAGGGUCAGGCUGGAGUGGGGGUGGAGGGAUGCGGGACUGUGGCUACUGCUGGGGAGGGGCUCGUCUGAGCUGUGCCAGCGGGUCCUGGGUGGCCAUGCCAGCUCCCCCAAGAGGGGAGAACAGCGAGCAGCUUCCAGUGGAGAGAAGGCGUGCUGGGUGGAGCUGCAGUGGCCAAGCCACCUGCUUGCUCCACAGCCGCCCAUGAGGUGCCAGGCCUUCCUGGGGAGCAUGAAGCUGGAAACCUACAAAGAUAUUAUGUCUUUGGUUUGGGUUUCUUUUUUUUUUUCUCUCUCUCUUCCCCUCUCCAGGGAAGCAUCUCAUUUAGAAGCAGUAUUUCAGAUUUCAUCCAUAUUUUCUCAGUGCCAACGUUACCCUGUUGUGUCAUAUAAUUUAAGCAGAGUUUUUAGCUUUUAUUUUUAUUCCUUAGAAAACUGAAGUAUGGACUUUAAAAAAAAAUGUUUUCGGCAGUAUUAUUGAAUGGUUCAGGAUUGACACAGACUUUUUCCAGGUGGUGUUAACAAGCCACUCAAGUGCCUUACACAGCCUCAAGGGGACUGGCACAGCUGCCGCUGUGGGCACAGUCCCUUCUGCAGCAGGAUUUGUGUCAAUAGGGGGGCCUGGUUUGGGCUAGAGACCUUUCUGGAAGAGGUGUCUCUUUGUCAGGAGCCUUGUGAAGAGGAGUGACAGGCACCAUGAGGCCAUGGCCUCUGCUCACCCAUCCAGGGGACCCGGCUGCUGUGAGUCAGGAGGGUCCCAGAGUGGCUUGUGUGUUUGUAGUCCCGCUGGCAUCAUUAAUUCAAGAAGCCCUGGCAAGCCCAGCAGCAGCCUGCCUCAGUUGGUCAGGAAGUGUCAAGGGGACAGAUGAUACUCCUGCUCCUCCCCCUGGUAGCUGGCAGAGGCCACCCCUGCCCUUCCC